GAGUGGCUGCACGGAGCGCCGUGGCACUCAGGGCUCGUUGGAGAACCGGUUCAAAGUGCACAGGAGUCUAGGGAAGCCCCCUUCUCCGAUCUUACCCUGCUACGGUCAGGCUGUCUGGCAGCAGCCCGGGAGAGACAUGCUGUUUUGUUUAAAUCCUCCACAUUCUUUGCCAUUUCCCCAUUGGCCGGAUGGGGCUCCCCGCCGCGGCCGCUGCUGAUGUCAGCCCUGCCGGCGCUGGCUCCUCCCGCACCCACCUCCCCGGCCCGAGGCACACUGCGGCUCGGCGCGGACUCUCCGGCCCCCGCGAGGUGGCUGCAAACUCGCGGGCACGCACGGCGCUCGGGGAGCCGAGGGAUUCGGGGGAGGAGACGCGCGGAAGGCGCCAGCCAGCUCUCGCCCGCCCCUCGCAGUGUGAGUGGAGGUUGGAGGAACCCGGGCCCCAGCCCAACAGAGCCGGGCGGCCGUGGCGGCUUCCCUUUUCUACCCCAACGAGCUCCGGAGCGUCUCGGGGACCGGCCCUAAAAAGAGCAGGAAAUCUUGUUUACCGCCCGGGGAGCGGAGCCCUCCGAGCCUUUGUCUGGAAAGUCAGCAUCCCCGGCUGCAAUGUGCUCCUGGUGAGUCGGCUCUGGGAGGACCGGCCGGAGAAGGGGGUCGUCAGGUUCAUGUUUGGUUUCAGAGGCAGAUCGAGCGAGUGACUUUUGUGCAUUCGUUUUAAUUUUUGGAAAUCUCUCUUUUUCCCUCCCUCGCCCGCCACCGGGCAUGUCCUGAUCUGACGGCCGCUCCUACCGCCCGCGGCUGCGGAUCAGAGAGGUUUCCAGCGGGGCUCCCUCCCUGACUUUGCAACACCGCGUUCCAGGAGGACCGGCCUCGGCGGGGAAGGAGGCGGGGGAGCCGCGAACACCCGGACCCAAACCUUGACAUGGUCUCGGGCGGGGAGGAGGAAGCCAGAAGCUGAGCGCAGCCGCCGGAGCUCGUUCUCCCGCCGCUCCGAGAGCCGGGCUCCGGGCUCCCUGCCCUGCGCCUGGGCGGCAGCUUUGUUGCUCUGGGGGGCGUCCCCCGCUUUCCGCCCUGAGGGACAGUGGCCGGCAGGACCAUGUUGCUGAAGGAGUACCGGAUCUGCAUGCCGCUCACCGUGGAAGAGUACAAAAUCGGACAGCUGUACAUGAUCAGCAAGCACAGCCACGAGCAGAGCGACCGAGGGGAAGGUGUGGAGGUUGUCCAGAAUGAGCCCUUCGAGGACCCGCACCACGGCAACGGGCAGUUCACCGAGAAGCGUGUGUAUCUCAACAGCAAACUGCCUAGCUGGGCCAGAGCUGUUGUUCCCAAAAUAUUUUAUGUUACGGAGAAAGCUUGGAACUAUUAUCCCUACACAAUUACAGAAUACACAUGUUCCUUUCUGCCGAAAUUCUCCAUUCAUAUAGAAACCAAGUAUGAGGACAACAAAGGGAGCAACAACAGCAUUUUUGACAAUGAAGCCAAAGACCUGGAGAGAGAAGUUUGCUUUAUUGAUAUCGCCUGUGAUGAAAUUCCAGAACGUUACUACAAAGAAUCCGAGGAUCCUAAGCACUUCAAGUCAGAGAAGACAGGACGGGGACAUUUAAGGGAAGGCUGGAGAGACAGUCAUCAGCCUAUCAUGUGCUCCUACAAGCUGGUGACCGUGAAGUUUGAGGUCUGGGGGCUUCAGACCAGAGUGGAACAAUUUGUGCAUAAGGUGGUCCGAGAUAUUCUGCUGAUUGGACAUAGACAGGCCUUUGCGUGGGUUGAUGAGUGGUAUGACAUGACAAUGGAUGAAGUCCGAGAAUUUGAACGCGCCACUCAGGAAGCCACCAACAAGAAAAUUGGCGUUUUCCCACCCGCAAUCUCUAUCUCCAGCAUUCCCCUGCUGCCUUCCUCAGUCCGCAGCGCCCCUUCUAGCGCUCCGUCCACCCCUCUGUCCACAGACGCGCCCGAGUUUCUGUCUGUUCCCAAAGAUCGGCCCCGGAAAAAGUCUGCCCCAGAAACUCUCACGCUUCCAGACCCCGAAAAACAAGCCACCCUGAAUUUACCUGGCGUACCCUCUGCGGAUAAGCCAUGCCGGCCCAAAUCAGAGUAACUCCACCUGAAUAUUUCAUGGGGUUUUAUAUUUUCGUUUCCAGGGUUGGUCGUUUUGGUUUUUGUUCUUUGUUUAUUUGUGUUUGUUUUGUGUUUGUUUUUUAAAGAAUCUUCUAUAGAAAAAGACUGCUUUGUCACUCAAACAUGUUCCUUCAAUUUCUGAGUGUGCACGUGGUUACGUCAUUUCACAUAUAACAUGAGUCCCUCAAUAUGCCACACAGCGCCAUGUUAGAUGCAAAAUGUAAGACAUGCAAAGGAGAAAAGGCAUCUUCCGUAGCCGCAGCUGCAGCCAGGAAGGAAGCCUUGUCAUUGGGCACUUGGUGAGGUUGGUAUGGACUUCAAGGGUAAAUAAAUGACAACUUUGCACCACUGUGUUACAAGGUGUGGUAAAAUAGUCAGUUUCCUCCCAUCAAAUUCUCAAAAAUACUCUCAGGCAUAACAUACCUAAUUGUUAAAUUUUGAACUGCUCCUCACCAAUACUUGAAUACGACUAGUUACUAAGAUUCCUACUUUGAUUAUUAGUCUGACUCAGGAUUUGGGGCCUAAUUAACACUUAAAAUUUUUUGAAAAUUUAUCAACCUAUAGAGGCUCCAAGUGCAAUUAAUGAUGACUUAUUUAUACCUUUCACAGAAUUUAAUAAAGAUUCCACUUCUGUCUUUUAAUAACUUUCCCCUUUGUGACCGCGUGGGUGAAUGUAACCUUCACUGGCAGGUUUUGGAAGGGUUGAGUUAGGAACCAGGAGGCCCAGGUAAGACAAACAUCUUCUUCUACAGGUACCAACAAAUCUUAACCUGUCAGUUUCCAUCAUCCAUGAAGAUUCUCAGAAUCUGCAAUUAGAAUUCAUUGACUACUGGCCCAUUCAAAGAAGUUCAAGGGUAGAGUAACCUAACAGGACUUGAAUUCUGUCAGGAUGUCUGGUUCAGGGGAACCCUAAAGAAGAGAAUUGUCUCUCAUCUCCUUCCCGAUUUUACUUUUAAUAAGAUCCAGCCUUUCUGGAACCCAUAGCCCAUCACCAGACCUUAGAAAAGACUGUUAUUCUCUCACUCCUUACAUGAAACCCAAGUAUCGGGAUUGUCACAGAAGUCAAGUGGGAGGAGAGAGUGAACAGAACUGUUGAGUCUUUAUUUGUAGAGGAAAAAGGAGGAGAUAGACAGGAGGUGCCCCUCUGUCUAGCUUUCUUUUCAGCAAGUGUCACUAAGGCAAGAUUAGAUUGAAGGUUGAUGGGAGGCGAGAUCAUUCACCAAAGUGGCAGAAAGAGAACUCUCCUCUGAUCUUAAGAGGGAAAACCUGCCACCUUCGCACCUCACUGCCUUUAAACACAGAAGGAAGGGCCAACAGAAUCUAGCAUUUAUUGGUGUCCUCCAUGAGAGGAAGAUAGGAAGGUAACUGGGCAACUCCAAGCCCCCAGCUAGCCUUCCUUACCGUAACCUCCAACCUCAGGAAAGGGACCUUCCCAAAACAGAUUCCAAAGGAAACACGCAGAUCAAGGAGCAUAUUCUUUGUCGCAGCCUCUCAGCCAGUGGACCCUGCCCGCUCCUCUGAGUGCUCAGCACUCUGCACUGUGUCUUUCAAGUAGACAAACUCCCAAAGGUGCAGGUGCUGGCCCCAUGAGCCCAGCACCGAGUAAGUAACUUCUCCAUCAGACUGUCAAGCUCAUUUCUUUAUCUACAGGUUGAUAUUUAGCUCAAAAAAUAAAUAAGCCCAGAACUCAAGGGAAACGAGUUGCAAAUAGCUUAGAUCAACAAUGCAUCUCUUCAUUAAGAAGAUAGCAUUGUAAUAAGACAUCCUUGCAUGGUAUAGUAGCAUGAUUUUUGCUUGUGGGAAAACAAUCUUUUACCACCCCCUUCUCAAUGACUCCCUCUCCACGAUACUUAACAAGAAUGUUUGGCUUUAGGAAGCAAAAUUCUGUUUUCAUGAGGUGGUAAUAGUGUAUGUAUUUGCUUACCAUUUAUUUGCAAGCGGACGUCAGGAGGGGAUGGGAUCAUUUUCUAAUAGAACCAGUUUUUGUGCAGGUUGUGAACACAUCUGACACCUAGAGAUUCCAGGAAUGCCAUUGCUCUUUGUAAAGUUGCCUCUGCUCUCAAGGUCAACAAUUCUCUGUGCUUUAGAAAGCUAAUUUCUGAUUUCCUUCUGUGAGUUUUCUUUCUCUCAUGGUCUGCACAAUGCCACAGAUAACAAUUACAAACUGCUGAUGAUAAGUCUGGUUUUUAGCUAUCAAAUGUGUGUGCUCUUAAAAUAUGUUCAGUUUUCUGUCCCCAUGUGGUUUCUGUGCAUUUAAUAAAGGGGGAUGCAUAUAUUCCUUUAGCCGCUUCGAAUAUUUAAUCCAUCACUAGCAUAAAGGAUUUAUAUUUUAAUCUAUUUUGAUUUUCAAGUGUCAUUUGACAUUUCCUCCAUACAUGCUUUUGUUUAUUGUGGGGUACUAGCCUGCAAUGAAUGUGUAUAUAGAACAUUAAUAAUUCCUAUAAGAAUGGAAAUUAAAUGGCUGCAUGAUGGAAACUUACAAGGAAAAAAAACAGAAACUUGAAUUUGUUAAGCAUGUUUGCGGGAAAAUAGAAUCUUUAACUCAGUGCCUCUGUCUGCAAUGUGGAACCCUUCAACUUUGUUCACCAAAACUGUAUUAUAUCUGUAUAUAUAUACAUAUAUAAAUAUAGUGUAGUGAGUCAGACACCACCAGUUUGAAGUCUCUGCUAGCCGAAUCGAAGGAACCCGCAGAACACCUGUGCACACCAUCUCCAUCUCUGACAUUCGUGAAGGCCGUGGCAGUGACUGCAGAUGGCAUUACUCUGGGCAGAUUUCAGAGAGGAAACGCACUGUGCUUCCUUUGGCUCUAGUACAGCAGGGCGGCUAUCAGUGCUUUUCCACAAUAAGAAGGUCUCGGUGUUUCUACCGCAUCAACUUGGUCAGAAGUUGGCUCUGAAGACCACUUCAUUAUUGCUGCUUUUGGGCCGUCAUAAAGCACAGCAAAGGAGGCCACGACAUGGUGCGGUUAACACCGUGAUAGCUGAUACAAUACGUGUCCAUUGGCGGGCUCAUUUAUAAACCCUUCUGUUAUGGUUUUGUGUCUGUGCGGGAGGAAUGGCUUUAAUACUGUUGGAGGUACUUGUUAGCCAUGUUUUUGGUCGUGAGUGUAAAUUUCUAAGCACAGUCGUGGUUGUAUAAUGCAGGCACUUAAACCCAAGACCCCAUAAGUAAUUGUGGUCUUCUGCCAAGGCACCGUAAUAAACAGUGACCUAGGAGUAGAUUCUGGCACUUCUCGAAUCAUUUUUCUGUGAAAAUUUCAAGGCUUGGUGUGUUUAUGUGUGUUUUUAAAUUCUACUUUCUUGAGUAUCUCUUCAUGGCUCAGAGACAACAAGGUCAUUGGCUGGUUUUGGUCAAAAGGAAUUUUACUUUUUCAGAAGGGUCGGAGUAUGAUUUUUACAUGUGAUGUGCAUUCAGAUAAUUCAAUAAACAAGAAUUGCCUAGUUUUAGUCCCUUUCUGAUUAUCUGACUCAGCAGGCUUGGUGGCAGUGUGCCACCUGAGAUUUUUUUUUAAAAAACCUGUCCAGUGACUAUAAUGGGUCAUGGGUAGACUACCUAAAACAACCAUCUUGUCGGCACUGAAAUGUUACACAAUUGCACGGCAUUGGUGUGCCGAGGCAACACCGGGUUCUUCUGUGUUUUACCUUCAAAACAAUCUGUUUGCAUUCGGAACAUAAAUGUUUAAGCUUUUUAGGAGUUAGUGCAAUAAGAGAAUGUGAAUAUGUUGAGAACUUUUCAGAUAAUCAUUAACUGUAGUUUUGUUGUUAAUACAUGCUUUAGGAUGUUUUUGCUUAAAAUUGAAAGCAUGUCUUGAAUUGCAAGUCCCCCUUCAGUUUCUACAUAUCACCAAGAAGAGAUUCUUUGAGUUGGCGUUAUACCUAUGCCCCUUCUGCGUAGUUGCAAGUAUAAUUUUUAGUGUUUACAUUUCAAGCUGGGAUCUCGAUUAGUUAAGUGGGUCGAUACACCACUGCCGCUGCUGAAGGACCAAGCUUAGGAAUGCACAGUGUUGUAGACUCCAGACAAAGCAAACAAAAGGCGACCUUCACACACACACCAUCCUUCUGUGUCAUUUUAUGGCUGUUUUGUGGGGGUUUUUUCCCAGUUAUUUAUUAUUGUUAAUAACUUACUUUUUCUUACAUUCUGUUGUAAAUAAAGUACAAAGCAAUCUUC